AUGGCAAAAUCCAGUUCCCUCAUCUCCAAGAUUUUGCAGGCCAAGGACGAGAUUGAAUACAUUGAAAAUCAAAUUAAAAAUCUGAAGACUACUGAAGUUCCCAUAUCUGAUGGUUUGCUUCAUAUUAAUCACACAUUAGUACCUACUAUGGUAGAUGGAAAGGUCUGCAAUGCUGCGACAGAUACGACCUCUACGAUGAGAUGCUACAUUUGUGGAGUUACCUCAAAAGAUUUCAAUGAGGAAUCAACAGAAAAUCCUGAUGCCUUAAAAUAUGUGCUUCAAGGCCAAAAAUUAAGAAAAAGUAAGCCGUUCUUCAAAGAAUGUUUAGAACUAUUCGUUCCAGAAAACACUUUUCAUGGGCGUCCAACGGAAGAAGAGGAUGAAGAAGAAGACGAUGAUAAAGGAGAAUACGAGGAGGAAGAGGAAGACGAAGAAUAUUUGAACUCUGAUUAG